UCUGCAAGAGCCAUGGUCUACAGUUACAAACAUGGCUUCUCUGGUUUUGCGGCCAAGAUGACAGAAAGCCAAGCCCAAAAAAUUUCUGAGUUACCUGGUGUGGCACUGGUUAUACCAAACGAGCUUUACAAGGUCCAAACGACAAGAAGUUGGGACUAUCUUCAACUCUCGUCGCGUUAUCAAACCCAUUUUCUGCAGAAAUCCAAACUGGGUGAAGAUGUGAUCAUAGGUCUCUUUGAUACAGGAAUAUGGCCGGAAUCGGAGGCGUUCAGCGACAAAGGCCUCGGACCGAUCCCUUCGAAAUGGAGAGGAAUUUGCGUGUCAGGAGAGUUGUUCGAUGGAGCCAAACACUGCAACAAGAAGUUGAUCGGAGCUCGUUUCUUCAUCAAGGCGCUGGAAGCCGAGUACGGAAAGCCGUACAACGCGACGGAGAAUCAGGAUUACCUCUCUCCUAGGGAUUUCGGCGGCCACGGGACCCACACGUCGACGAUCGCAGCCGGAUCGUCGGUGGCGGACAGGAGCUACAACGGAUUGGGCGUCGGGACGGUGAGGGGAGGCGCAACGCAGGCGCGGAUCGCGAUGUACAAGGUUUGCUGGAGCGUGUUUGGCGGCGGAUUGUGCGCCGGCGCCGACAUACUCAAGGCGUUCGACGUGUCGGUGCGUGACGGCGUCGACGUCGUGUCGGUUUCGAUCGCCGCCGACGUGCCUUCGUAUCCGGAGGCGGACCAGAGGAACGCGAUCGCCGUCGGGGCGUUCCACGCGGUGGCGAAGGGCGUAGCAGUCGUAUGCGCGGCGGGGAACUCGGGGCCGAGUCCGCAGACGGUGCAGAACACGUCGCCGUGGAUCUUGACCGUCGGAGCGAGUAGCGAUGACCGUUCCUUCCCUACUCGCGUCAAGCUUGGGAACAACUGGACCAUUGCAGUAAGAGAAUAUUCUGUCUUCAAUCUUCAUGCAUGGAAGAAGAAGUAA